AUGAGUUUCAAUAGAAGACCCUUCCAGUUUUCUCCCGACUUUGGUACAGAGCGUUGUUCCGACGUGAUUCGCGACGCAUUCGAAGAUUUUGAGGAACCUUUCGACACAAUGUUCAGUGAAGGCCUUCCACGAUGGGACACUCCGCCCGAGUUUCAGAGAUUCCAACAGCAAACCGGUUCUGGGCACGAUUUCCCCGACGGAUCCCCGUUCAACCGGCCGGUGAACUCGAUAUUCUCAGACAGAUUCCGGAACGCUUUCGGCGAAAUCCCCGUCAAAGUUUCGCACCAGAGGACCGGUUCGGGUGACGCCUCAGACACCGAAUCCCGGGCUAGUGGGAGCAGCGAUGGGUCGACGGGAACCGGGCGAGUCCCCAAGGUCCACCACAUACCGAUCCACGUCGAGUCGCGACCUCAAAAGAAACAGACAUCUCCCGAGAAUGUCCCUGCAUCGGAGCAGGGGGCCGCUCCACAACAAGAGCAGCCGCAGCAACAAGCUCACCAGCAGAGUCCUCCGAGACGGGAUUCCCCCGAGCAAGGUUUCUACCGCGCAAGCACACCUCAAGGACGCGAGGGCAGUCCCCUGGAUUCCUCACGCUUCAGCACUAUGCCUCAGCUCCGCCCAAGGACUUUCUCGAAUAUGAUGCAGAAUAGAGGUCGAGGUCGUGUCUCGAUCCCUGUGCAGGUGGAACGCUCCGACUCUAGUCCGAACAUCGGGAACGAACGUCAAGCACAGCGAAAGUCCCCGGAACGAGGACCAGAGCCGGGAAUGGGAACGUUCCCCCGCGCCAAGAACCAGGAAACGCCAUUGAAAUGGGCGCAGAAUCUGUUCAGGCCGAAGGCGAGCCAAGAACCCGAACAGAACGAGCCGGCGCCGCAACCACAUCCACAACCGGUUCCACCGCCGCAAAAGACACAACUAAGUCCACAGGAAAGAAUAGACAAAGUUCUAGCGGAUCUCAAACUUCUCAUCGACGAGGUUCACAGAUUCCAAGGGUCCGACAGCAAAUCCAAGGAGUACCGGUAUCUCGACGAGAUGCUCACUCGGCUGAUGCUUAGCCUGGAUGACGUCAUAACUGACGGCAAUGAAUGUUUGAGGACCGCGAGGAAAGCCGCAGUCAAAGAAGUGCAACGAGUGAUUGACCAACUCGAGAAGAAAGUGCGCGCCAACGCCGCCGAAAUACAAAACAGACCAGAAUGUGAGAAAUCGCCGGAACCUGAAGACCGGGGCGUCGCCGUAUCGGACGUGGAUCUACAAAAGACUCCUACCGAGGCGUCGACCUCUGCUCCGGAAGGGCAGCUUCCUGCACAAGAGGUCCCGAACGAGGCUAGAAACCAGGCUGAUUGCGCUGACAUUGCGGACCAAAUUCAGGAAAACCAGCCGAACUCACAGACGCCCACACCUCCCAAGCGAGACAAAUCGCCAGUCAAGAAGCGUCAGCCUUCACCUUCGAAAGACAAGAGAUCUCCGUCACCGAAAAAAGAUUCCAGCCAGCAGCGGGACAAGAGCCCCACGAAGAGAGAUCUAGACAAACGCGACAAGUCUCCGCAGAAGAAAAAAACGCCUGAGAGCGGCGGGGUUUCGGUUACUGUUAAUGGAGUGCUUUUACCGAAUACUCAAGCGGAACCUGCAUCACCCGAGCCAGUGACGUCGAGCGCCUCAAUUACCCUCGAGAAGAAAUAGCGUCUCUAGAUUUUUGGAGGAAUAUUGUUCGCCGCUCCUCGCAGGGAAAUCUCGCUUCGAUUCGAGGUGAUCUAGUCGGAACUUGGAAGCUCUGCUGCUUCUCAUGUAAAUAUGCAAGACAGGCGCUAACUCGGAGGAUCGACGCCACGCUCCCCCACUUCGAGAUUCUGGAGCCUGGAGAAAUUCCAAUGACUUAGUUAGCUGAGUGUUUCUCUGCUUCGGAACCGCUCCCAACGUCGGCUGGCGACUUGUUGGUCUUACAUGGGAAUCUAAAGAAACGCAAUCUUGUUUUUUUGUAAAUAAAGCCAUUUAUUCAAUAU